GUCCCUCCACGCUGUAUAUAGAGAAGACGCAAGUGCGGCUCAACGCAUCCUCUCAGGCAGAAACACUCCACAGCGCAAGUUUCCUCCUUGAUACUUUUACUUUCGGAUUGCAAAGAACAAAGUUGGACUUCCUGCACGAAGGCCGGCGAUGUUCCUGUUCCUGUUGAGCGCGCUGCUCCUGGUGGCGGCGGAAGGAAGCGCGGAGGGAAUCCAGCGCCGCAGGUCCAGGCGGGAGCUGGCCGCCCCGCUGCACACGGGGGGGAUCCGCGACCCGCUGGGCUCGUACUGCCAGCGGCGAGGCGGCUGCUGCCCGGGCAGGGACGACCUUUGCACGGUGCCGUACUUGGACACCAUCUGCUACUGCGACCUCUUCUGCAACCGCACCGUGUCCGACUGCUGCCCAGACUUCUGGGGGCACUGCCUGGGCGUGGAGCCCCCCUUCAUCGGCUCCUGCGAAAGAAACGGGAUCCGGUUCCUGUCGGGACAAACGUACAAAGACAACUGCAACCUGUGCACAUGUGGCACCACGGGGCGCUGGGAGUGCGAACAGAACGCCUGUCUGAUGGACGCCAACAUGAUCCAGGCUGUCAACAGAGGGAAUUAUGGGUGGCGAGCCGCUAACUACACCCAGUUGUACGGCAUGACUCUGGACGAGGGCGUCCGGUACCGACUGGGCACGCAGAGACCCUCCAAAACCAUCAUGAACAUGAACGAGAUCCAGAUGAACAUGGACCCUGAGAGCGACGUCUUACCCGUCAGUUUCAACUCGGUAGAGAAGUGGCCCGGCAAGAUCCACGAACCUCUGGACCAGGGCAACUGUGCCGCCUCCUGGGCCUUCUCAACAGCAGCCGUGGCAUCAGACCGGAUCUCCAUCCAGUCCAUGGGUCACAUGACUCCUCAGCUGUCGCCGCAGAACCUCAUUUCCUGCGACACCAGGAAUCAGGGCGGGUGCGCCGGGGGCCGCGUCGACGGCGCCUGGUGGUAUCUCCGUCGCAGGGGGGUGGUGACGGAAGACUGCUACCCUUACGCCCCCCCGCAGCACACGGCGGCCGAGGCGGCCCGCUGCAUGAUGCAGAGCCGCUCGGUGGGCCGCGGCAAGCGGCAGGCCACGCAGCGCUGCCCCAACGCGUACCACCGCCAGCACAACGACAUCUACCAGUCCACGCCGCCCUACAGGCUCUCGUCCAACGAAAAGGAGAUUAUGAAGGAGAUUAUGGAUAACGGCCCCGUGCAAGCCAUCAUGGCGGUCCACGAGGACUUCUUCGUGUACAAGAGCGGCAUCUACAAGCACACGGACGUCAGCUUCACCAAGCCGCCGCACUUCCGCAAGCACGGCACGCACUCGGUCAGGAUCACGGGGUGGGGCGAACAGCGGGACUACGACGGCACUCCCAGGAAGUACUGGAUCGCCGCCAACUCCUGGGGCAAGAACUGGGGCGAGGACGGCUACUUCCGCAUCGCCCGCGGCGCCAACGAGUGCGAGAUCGAGACCUUCGUGAUCGGCGUGUGGGGGAGGGUGACGGUGGAGGACAUGCACCACCACCCCCACCACCGGCACCGCCGCCGCCACCUUUAGGGACCCGCGGAACUUCACCCGACGACGCCCGCCCUCGCGGCCGCCCACGCCAGCAGGUGGCAAACCACUUCUAAGCUCUUUUGUUCGUCGCCCCGGCGGGCGUCCGAAGAAGCGCCCGCCGGGCCCCUCAGGUACUCUUCCCAAGACCCCGUUUCCCAAAAUUCCUCCGAGAUGUGUGAGAAGAGGAUGAAAGGAAAACCUUUCAAGUCAUUCUUUUUUUGUUUUGUUUUUCUUUUAACAACCACUACGAGACGUCGAUGGGAAAAGAGGAAAUCUGAGAGGCGCCCCCGCCCCCUCCCCAAACAAAAAAAAAAAAGCCAACAGGCAGCAGGGACAUGCCCAAACCUUCCUUGGAAUCCAACCCCCCACGUCAGAGUUUUAACUUUUUGGACAACGGGUGUCCGCAGGCGGUAGACUUUCGCAAUUUUGCCCCCAAAUCUCCCCCGAUCAGAAUCAAUCGCGUGGUCGUAUUGUUAUGACGAUUUUAUUUUUGUGCAAAGUAGUCCUACCGUGCUCUGAUGCCAUGUUUUGUGUUGCCAUGUCAUCUUCAAAUUUCAUUUUGCAACCCAUGUACUGUAUAUGAUUAUAUAUCGUGAUCAUUACAAAGUCAACAUUCAAGUGGCAUUUUUUUUGUUUUGUUUGUUUUCUCUCGACUUUUACUGUGUUGGGGGCGCUUCUGCCAAAACGAAAUCAAACGACCGUAAAUUCCCGGCCUACGGAGCGCAUUUGUAAAGGAAAUACCGUUUGGUACGUGCAAACGCCGCAGCCGUGUAAAAGCCGCAAGUGCCCACAUUGAAACCCACGAGAUAGUUACAAAGAAAGACGGUACGCAGAAAGAGUUCGACGCUAGCGCGGCGCUAACACAAGCGUGGCGCUAACGCUAGCGUGGCGCUGACAGGGCCGGUGGGGAAAAAAAAAAAAAAAAACGUACUGGUAAAAAUCACACAAGUAACGCAGCAGCGACAUGCUAGCACAGUGCUAACGCUAGCGCCGGUAAAAGUCACUUCCUCGGCACAUAUAUUCCGGUCUCGCUCUUAACUUUUCCGCUCGAUUGCCCCCUUGCGGCGUUAGAGAAAAAAAAAAAAUGCACAAAUUAGCCGCCUCGCCGCAUAAACCGCAGGGUUGAAAGCGUGUGAAAAAAGUCGCGGCUUGUAGGCCGGAAAUUACGCAAUUUGACUUCCCGGGCAGCAGUCCACGAAUUGACAUGAAAAUAUCUUUUAAUAAACACUUUUUGAAACUUGAAUAAACGGAUUACAUAAAGUUAGUAGCCUGCUUGCCAAAUAGUGACCCCGCGUUGCAUCUCUCACUCCUGAAACAAAAUUGACUAUUUGACUUGCCAAAUAGUGCGCCCAGAAAUAGCUGCGCUUCCGUGCGAAACUAUUUCACUUGCCAAAUAGUGAUCUCACUACGGCUUAAAUCCCCAAAGCUACUAUCCGACCUUCCAAAUAAGGAUCCCACUUGUAGCUGUACUUCCUAGUACUAGUGAGCCCACCUUUAUCUUUUUAUUUUUAAUAAGAUCACCUGCCAAAUAGUGAGCCCACUUACAGCUCAAUGCUUCCUGAAGCCCAUAUUCCGCUUGCCAAAUAGUGAUCCCGCUCAUAACCAAAUACAUACGCGUGAAGCCAUUUUUAUUGCUAUUGAAAGUGUUUUAGGAUCUUUACGUUGCGGAUAGCGGCGCGGGGAGGGAGGGGGGGGGGUCGCCCCCCCCCCCACACACACACCCCCACCCCACCCUCCAAGCAGGGAUUUCCAGCUCUCACUUGAACGUGAGCUACGCUGUUAUUAGCGCUAGCUUCCAAUUACGCGCCGCUUCAAACGCCGUAAUCCUGCCUCGUGAUCUUUCACGCCGCCGCUUCUUCCUCCGGACUUCAAAAAGCAAACACGCUUGAUUACGCCGGGCGAUGUGCGGCCCGCCCGCCGCCGCCGUCCACCAUUUUCUUGUCGUGACUCGGUGAUAUCAAGCUAAAUGGCGACGUGUUUGUCUCAACGGGAACCAAAAACAAAAAAAAAACAAAAAUCACAACCUCCAAUCCGUAAUGUUGUGUGUGCCUGUGUGUGUGUGUGUGUGUCGACAUUUAUUUAUGACAAGUAAAUUAUGCUACACUGUACGUUAUUACUCUCUUAUCUGUGCAAUGUUACAUUUAUAUGCUGUACGGCACCCGCUACAUGUAAUGCGAGUAUGCGUUGGUGCCACACAAUAAAGUCAUUCCGCCACCGAAA